UGUCCUCUCAUACGCAAUGUCGAAAGUAAAACAUUUCUAACCUCGAACGUGGAUGUCAUUCGUAAAUAUAAAUUUUCAUUGUGGUGGGAGAAUCGGACUUAAUUAGAGUGGGAGUCAUGCAACUCUUCGAGGAAAAAUAGAGGUGCUAGUUAACCGAAUGGCUCGCGGAGGGGAAGAAAUUGGCCAGGCCUGAUUUAUGGAAAUGAAUUGAAAUUGAAAGACAAUAUUUUGAGCACUUAUUAAAAAUAAAUCUUCUCUUCAUUAAUCUUUUUAUCAUAAUCAACAAUUCGUAUAAUCUCUAUUUAAAAAAAAAACUAUAAAACAUGAAAUUUAGAUUUUUAGGUGAUGGCGAUUGUCCUGACUGGUUGCUAGCCGAAAUCAACACAUUGUCACGUAUGACAUCCAUUAAAAUUAAGAUAUUAGGACAAACGGUUGCAAAGUAUCUUACGGAAGGAGAACUCGAUGAAGAAAAAAUAAAAAAAAUUACUCAAGAUGCCAAGAUUGAAUUGAACGAUGCAAAGGCUAUGGUAGCAGCUCUUGAAUUAAUCUUUACAUCGUCUGCUCGAUAUGGCGUUUCUGCCGCUGAUUUAAGCAGUGAAUUACAGCAACUAGGACUCCCUCGUGAGCAUAGCGCUGCAAUUGCCAGAUUACAUACGGAUUAUUGUCCUCAAAUUACUGCUACGCUUUCUUCCCAAUCCUUGAGAGUGAGUAGAUUAUCAUCGAUUGAAGUUUUGUCCUGUGAUAAUUCGUCACCUUUCUCCACGGUAUCUCUUAAAUUAAAGAAAUUGGAUGGAAAUGUGGAAGAUUCUAUUAUUAAUAUUUCAAAAAAAGAUGUACAUGUUCUAUUAACAGAAUUACGAAGAGCCAAAUCAUUGAUGGAAAACCUUUGAAUAAAUAAUGUUCUAUGUAUUAAACACAAUUUUUAUUAAAAAUAAUAAAGUAUACUGUUCUUAUUACAAAUAAUAAAGUAAUGCUAAAAAAAAAAAA